CAUAAUAUAUCGGUAGGUUAUAUUUUUCGCGAAAACGUAACAUAAUUAGAUUUUACUCACCAUUCCCAAAAAACUAAAUUAUUUCAAUAGACAUUUCGACUUAGAAAUAAUAGUAUAAUACUUGUGAAAUGGCUACCGAAGAUACAUUUGAUCAGUUUGACGAAGAAGAACAACAAGUAGAGAGUCAAUCAUUUACCAAAGCUGGCCGAAAAAGACUGUUUUCAAAAGAGUUGCGUUGCAUGAUGUACGGUUUUGGUGAUGAUGAAAACCCGUACACCGAAAGUGUUGACAUACUCGAAGACCUUGUUAUUGAAUUUAUAACAGAAAUGACACACAACGCAAUGGAAAUUGGUCGGUCAGGAAGAGUACAAGUUGAAGACAUUGUGUUUUUGGUUAGAAAAGAUGCAAAAAAAUAUGCUAGAGUUAAAGAAUUAUUAAUGAUGAAUGAAGAAUUGAAAAAAGCAAGAAAAGCGUUUGACGAAGGAAAAUUUGCUGGUACUGAAGGUGCAGGAAGCAGUGGUAAUAUAACUAAUACUAAUAAAUAAUGAAUAAAUUACUUGUAAAGUCCUAAAAUUGUAAUAUGCCUAGAUUUUUUUUUUUGACGUGUACAUAUUUAAAUUACUUAUUAUGACAAAUUUUAUUACAUUUUUUGUAAACAAAAAUAAACAACUUUAUUGUCUUAUAACUAA